AAUAGGGGCCAGGUAAGCGUCGUGCCCACUGAUCGGUGGCCCCGCCUCUUUCGUUGUUUGCGCAUCCGGCACGCAGUCAGUCAAAUUCCACCACUGGCGCAGUUGUCACAAUAUUUACGCUGAUCUCUGUCAAAUGCGACACGUUGACACCAACCAGUUCAAGGAAGAACUCCAAAGAGGGUUGUCUCUUUCCACAUUCUGUGUCAAAUUAACGAGGCGGUUGCUAAGAGAUGAAGCAUUACAGCGCUCAAAGCCUGUGAUGCUCUAUAGCCUGUAAGGACGACCUCUUCUGUAAUCUGCCUCCUGCACACCUGGCUCAUGUGAAGUACGACCAAGGUGCUCACAUCACAGCAACGUGCUCCGAGCGCAUUGAGCAUGGCCGCAUUAAUCGUCCCCUCUGCCCUCACCAACGCCGACGCUGGGUCCAGGAAAGCUCAGCAAGGGCACGGAAGCAGCCGCGAGCUCCUCAAAUGUGAGAGCGGGUGGCCGAAGCAAGACAGUGGGCAUGUUGGUCAAAACACUGUCCUGGAGAAAACGCGGGAGUUCUUCCAGGUUUGUGACAUCGAGAAAAAAGGCUUCAUCACCCAACGUGACAUGAAGAGGCUGCUUGGCGAGCUCCCGCUCACUGCAGACGAGUUGGAGAAAGUCUUUGACACCCUUGAUUCUGACAGCAACGGGUUUCUUACCCUUGAAGAGUUCUCCACUGGCUUUAGUGAAUUUUUGUAUGGCAGGAGAAUUUCUCUAAACGAAGGCAUGGGGGAUAACUCUCAUUGUAUGAAGCCUCCAGAGGUUCCCUACCACAGCCGGUGGGAUGAGAUCUUGCCAACAUCAGAGGAUGAAGAGGAGAAGCAUUUUUCCAUGCUGAUCGAGAGCCUUGGAGCCAACAAUGUCUUUGAAGAUCCUACAGCGGUACGCAGUUUGUGGGCCCAGCUGCGUCGAGAUGAACCUCAUCUGUUAUCCAAUUUUGAAGACUUCCUGGCAAGGGUAACAUCCCAGAUAAUUGUGGCUAACCAGGAAAAGAGAGAAAUGGAGAGUGCGCUGAAAAGAAAAGCAGCAACACACGAUGAUGAGAUACAUCGUCUCUAUGAGGAAAUGGAGCAGCAAAUAAAGACUGAAAGAGAACGGCUUGUUCUGCAGGACUAUAAGAGGUUUGUGUCUCGUAGUCAAGACCUUGAGAAACAGCUUAUCACCAAAGAGAAAGAGUUGGAGAAGCUCUUUCACAAGCAAAAGAGGUUGGAAGAUCAAUGUCAGGAGCUUCAUAGUGAGCAACAUGUGACCAAAGUGGAGAAUGUGAAGCUGAAGAAGACUAAUGAUGAACUGGCGAAGGAACUGGAUCACACUAGUCAAGAGCUGCUCCUGGCACAGGAGCAGUUGAGUCUGCUCCAUGAGCAGUCCACAAGACUCAAUGAUGAAAAGGAGAUGGAAAUAUAUCGACUGACGGAGGGACUCCAGCGUGAGCGAGCAAGCCUUCUUAAACAAUUGGACCUGAUGAGGGAAGUGAAUAAACAUUUACGAGAUGAAAAAGACAUUUUCUUUCAGAAACCCAAAAAUUGGAAGAAUACAGGAUUACUGCCAAGGCCCUUAUAUAAUACCGGGACACAUACUUGCUACCCAAAAAGUGAGGACGAGGAAGCAGAUGUAAGGCAAAAUCGAGCCCAUGUGUCAAGCAACGCCUGUGGUCCAGAGAUAAACAGAGGUUACCUACAGAGGAUCAUCUCGAUCGAGGAGGAUCACCUCCCACAUUUGCUCCAAAAUGGUGGCCAGAACCAAAUCCCUCUUCGGCCAUUUAGCGAAGGCGUGGAAGUGUCAGAUCAUCAAGAGACUAUAGACUUGGUGAUGAGCGAUAUUUACCCCACUCAGCCGCAACUGUCAGAGGAAGUGUGUGAAAUAAGUCGAAAGGCUCCCAUGUCUCCAAGGGGUCAACCAGUUGGCAAGGAGACCAGCAUAAAUGAUGAAAGCUGUCUGUCACUGCCAGACUGCCUUUUUAAAAUUGUUCUGGUGGGGAACUCCAAUGUCGGAAAGACCUCCCUCCUUCGACGCUUUUGUGAUGACUGUUUCAACCACGACACAUCCGCCACUGUCGGUAUUGACUACAGUGUGAAAACAAUAAUGGUGGACAACAGCCAGGUGGCGCUGCAGGUCUGGGACACUGCUGGACAGGAAAGGUAUCGAAGUAUCACCAAUCAAUUUUUCCGUAAAGCUGACGGUGUGGUUGUGAUGUACGACAUAACAGUUGAGCAGAGCUUCACAGCUGUCAGACAGUGGCUGACAAGUGUGAAGGAGGGCUCAGGUGAAGACGUAACUUUAAUGCUGUUGGGAAACAAAACAGACUUAGAAAUCGAGAGACAAGUGCAUAUAGUGAUGGGUGAGAGGCUAGCUAAGGACUGUCAGAUGACUUUCUUUGAGUGCAGUGCAUGCUCAGGUCACAAUGUGAUGGAGGCCAUGCUUCAUCUGGCUCGAACCCUGAAACAGCAAGAGGACCGAGAAAAAGAGAAGACUGUCCAGUUGGUCAGCAGCUCAUUGGAGAAGAAGAACUCCUGCUGCUAACAGAUAACACACACACAAUACAGAGUUGCACACUAUCACUCGCCCUUCUUCUUAAAGUCAACAAAACUAUCUCAACUUGGAGUACACAAAAUUCUUAUCCAGGGGUGUUAUAAUGAAAGACGAAAGACCAUUUUUUUUCCUUCUUAUCCUAACUUGGGUCGCACAAAUAGUUACAUCAAAACUUUUUAAAUGUUGACUUUUCACGGGCAGGCUUUUAAUUGUGUAUUUAUGUAUUAAUUCAAAGUGAAUUUUUCACACAAUUCCAUUAUCACUUGCAAUCCAACAUGUCAUAAAUAUAUGUAAAAUAUGAAGUUGUGUUGUCUUGGGGUUAUCCGCAUUUUUAAGUUAUUGGUGUCUUGUAACAAUUCUUUCCGCUGUGUGGUUAAUUUAAUGUGUUGGGUUCAUUGGAAUGUUGUCAUGUGAAAGCGUAGUAUUUGCUGCUAAUUGAUUAUAUUAUUUGAUUCCUCCAUCUUUUUGUUGUUGUUGUGGUUGUUGUUUUUCCAUCUUGUUUUGCAGUUUCUUUCUUUUCAUUAAGGUAUUUUGGAGGAAUACACGUCACUUUUCAUCUGAGGACUGCAUUCAAGAUGUGCAUUUAGAUCAGAUGCGCCUAAUUGACUUGCCAAGUAUUUUAUACACAAUGUGCAACUCAUUACUUAAUGUAACACCAAGUAUUGUUUGUGAUUUUGGAGUUCAGAUACUAUUGUUGAUCUAAUUUACUAUUAGUGCUUUGCUUACCACUGUCUUGCACAUCACUUUUAUGACUACACAGGGAGAUGUAUUUAAUGUCACAAAAAUAAACAAUUGGGUGUUAUUUGUAA